UAAUUUUGCAUCUUGGUCAACUCAUUUUUUGCUUCUCUGGUUUGCUUUAUUUACAUUAAGCAGGGUGAUUAUAUCAUUUGGGUUCAUAUUUGUCUUGUAGGACUCAAAAAAAAUCAAGUUGUUUUAGCAAGCAAAUUUGUGUGUUUUUUUGUUGGAAAUGCGAAAAUGCUAUAGAAAUACUUUGCAAAUUGGAGCUGAAUUAUUUCGUAUAGCAUAGAAGUAGUAUUUGAUUUAGUUUGCCUCAAUGAAUGGCUGGUUGAUAAUUUAGAAGGAAAGAAAAAAAAAAAUAAGCUCUAAUUUGAGAAAUUAGAAAGUUCUUGGUAGUUUAAUAUACAAGAGUGUCGGUGCAUAUUUCCUUGUCCUCGGCAUAUGCGUGUUUUUGUCAUUAGUGAUAUAAUAUAAUUGGUUGACGGACACAGAAGUAUUAAAGGAGAAGGGAAGUUUUUCUCGUUGUGUUGGGGCCAUUGACUGACUGCAUCAUUGGUGUGUGUGUUUGUGGACAUUGUUGUAAUCAAAGUAGCUCUACUUUGCCCAAUUUUCUUACUUUUAUCCUCUUAUCGCUGUUCACUGCUAAGUCUCUCUCUCUCUGAUCUCUCUGCUGCUCCUCUCUCUCUCUUUCCAAAAAAAAAAAAAAACACAUGGCUGAAGCAUUGGUGGGUGGAGCAUUUCUCUCGGCUUCUCUUCAGGUGAUGUUUGAUCGGUUGGCUACUCGCGAGUUCAUCAACUUCUUUUCCAAACAAAAAAUGGAUGAUGGACUAUUGGCCAAGCUGAAGAUAACGUUGCUGGCCCUUCAAGCAGUUCUGGAUGAUGCGGAGGACAAGCAGAUUACCAACCAACAUGUGAAAGCUUGGCUUGACGAGCUCCAACAUCUUGUUUACCAAGCUGACGACUUGCUGGACGAGAUCGCUACCAAGGCCUUGAGGAACAAGUUGAAAGCUGAUCAUGAUCAGCCCCAAACCCAAAACAACAGAAUCAAGGUUGGUUUGACUCGAUUUUUCUAUAUAAUAAAGCAAUUUCUUUUACAAAUCAAUUGUUUCGUCUCGACUCCUGCUUAUUUGUCUGAUGAAGCGAUUGAGUCGAGAAUGAAGGAGGUCAUUAGUAAGUUGGAGUUAUUUGUUGUUCAAAAAAGUGCUCUUAAUUUGAGAGAGAAUAUUGGAAGGAAACAUUCACAAAGACAACAAACAACUUCUCUGAUAGAUGAAUCUGAUGUCUAUGGUAGAGAUUACGACAAAGAGAAGAUAAUUGAAUUGUUAUUGUCUGACAAUACAAUUAGGAAUCAGAUUCAUGUGAUCCCCAUUGUAGGAAUGGGUGGGGUGGGAAAGACCACCAUUGCUCAAUUUGUAUACAAUGAUCCUAGAGUGGAUCAGAAUUUUGAUAUGAAAGCAUGGGUCUGUGUUUCUGAUGAGUUUGAUGUUUCUUUGACAACAAAGAGAAUUGUUAAGGCUGUUUCGACAUCCGCUGACGUCGACAACGACCUUAAUCAGCUUCAGAUGAUGUUGAAACAGAAUCUCGCUGGGAAGAAAUUUCUACUUGUUCUAGAUGAUGUUUGGAUCGAAAAUGCCUUAGACUGGGAAAACUUAAACAAACCUUUCAAAGCUGGAGCACAAGAAAGCAGGAUUAUCAUAACAACGCGCAGUAACAAUGUUGCUCGUGUCAUGGGUACUAUUCAUAGCCAUCACUUGGACCAAUUACCAUUUGAAGAUUGUUGGUCAUUAUUUGCAAAGCUCGCAUUUGUGAAUGAAGAUUAUAUGGCUCAUCCGGAGCUAGUUAGGAUUGGCAGAGAAAUUGUCAAGAAGUGUAGAGGCCUGCCUUUAGCAAUAAAAUCAAUCGGAGGUAUCUUGCGAUCUAAACUGGAUAUUGAUGAAUGGGAGUAUUUACUAAAGAGUGAGAUAUGGGGUUUGAAGGAGAGCAACAUUCUUCCAGCUCUAAGAUUGAGUUAUCAUUAUCUUCCUUCGCAUUUAAAGCGAUGCUUUGCAUAUUGUUCGAUAUUUCCAAAAGAUUACAACUUUGAUAAAGAAAAGUUAAUCCGGAUAUGGAUAGCCGUAGAUCUUGUGCAGCAACCUAAAAAUAAUAUGCUAUUGGAAGAUGCAGGUAAAGACUACUUCCGUGAACUAUUGUCAAGGUCUUUCUUUCAGAAAUUAAGUCAUGACACCAAUUCUGAUUUUGUAAUGCAUGACCUAAUCCAUGAUUUAGCACAACAGAUAUCUGGAGAGUUUUGUUUUAUGCUGGAAGAUGACAAGCCCCUUAAUCAAAUUUCUGAAAAAGUCUGUCAUUUCUCUUAUGUUCAAGGCAGAUACGAUGCAUUUGAGAAAUUAAAGGUUGUUAAUGAAGUUAAGUAUUUACGGACCUUCAUAUCACUUUUAAACAACAAAUGGUUCGUGAAUCCUUUCCUAGGUAAAAAGGUACUAAAUGAUAUGUUGCCAAGCCUGAGAUCCUUAAGGGUGCUAUCUUUGUCUGAAUAUUGGAUUUCUGAAUUGCCUCAGUCCAUCGGAAAUUUGAUACAUUUACGCUAUUUGGAUCUCUCUUGGACCGCACUGAUACAGUUACCUGAUUUAGUAACAACCAUGUGCAAUUUACAGACAUUAGAUUUGUCAUACUGUCGACAUCUCACUGAGUUGCCUGUGAAUAUGGGAAAACUAAUAAACUUGCGCUAUCUUGAUAUUAGAGAAACUAGAUUGACAGAAAUGCCGAGACAAAUGAGCAGACUAAAAGAUCUCCAACAUUUAACAUAUUUUGUAGUUGGCAAGGAUGGUGGAUCAAGGAUCAGUGAGUUGAAGGAACUCUGUCAACUUAGGGGGAAACUCCGCAUUUCGGGGUUGGAAAAUGUAAUUAGUGGUCCGAAUGCAUCAGAGGCCAAUCUAAAGGGAAAGGAGCACAUUGACAUGUUAGAGCUUGAAUGGGGUGGUCAUACUAAUGAUUCACAGAAAGAAAGAGAAGUACUUGACCAGUUACAACCUCAUGCAAGGGUGAAGGAUCUCAGCAUCAUUAAUUAUUGGGGCAGAAGCUUUCCGGAAUGGUUAGAGAGAGUUCAUUCGUUUCGUAACAUGGUGUCCUUAAAACUUAUAAGGUGUGCAAAUUGCUAUUUCUUGCCGUCAAUUGGGCAAUUGCCCUCUUUAAAACAUCUAAGAAUUAAAGCGAUGACAGAAAUAACGCAAGUUGGUCUCGAGUUCUAUGGAGACGCUUCUUCUUCGAUGAAACCAUUUCAAUCUCUGGAGACACUAUGCUUUGAUGUAAUGCCAAAGUGGGAGGAAUGGCAUGCAUUAGGGGCUGGAGAGUUCUCUUGCCUUUUAGAGCUUUCUUUGGUGUGUUGUCCCAAGCUAACCGGUGAAUUACCCAACCACCUCCCUUGUUUAAGGAAACUUACAAUUUCUGGAUGCGAACAACUAUUGCCUAAUCAAGUUGCGCUGUUGCUGCAAGGUCUGCCUUCUCUUCAGAAUUUGAAGAUUUCUGGGAUGCCAAACUUGAAGGAAUUGCCUCCGGAAUUGUGCAGAUUAUUAAAUCUUGAAAGCUUGGAGAUAGAAAGAUGCCGGUACCUUGAGACAGCUAUAGAGAUGGGGUUGCCAUCUACGCUCAAGGCUUUGAAGAUUGAAGGAUGUGAAGCUCUAAAGUCCCUAACAGUAGCAACAUCAUCAUCAGAGGGAAUGAAUAUAAAUACGAAUACAAAGCGCAUCAACAACUUUUGCCUUGAAGAGUUGCGUAUAUCUGAUUGUUCAUCUCUUCUUCAGUUGUCUUUCCCCUUUGGUGGUCUACUUCCUCCUGCAUUGAAAACACUUGACGUCUGCAACUGCAAUAGUUUAGGGUUUCCCUUCCUGUCGGAGGAUCUUAAUUACCACACAUGUUCCAUUGAAUUUCUGAAUAUAAGCGGAUGUGAUCUUCUGAAAUCACUGUCAUUGAGCUUCUUCCCAAAGCUUCGUUCUCUGAAGAUCAGGGAGUGUAAAAAUAUAGAAACGAUUUCAAUUCCAGACGACAAGCUUCAAAAUCUGAUGGAGCUUCAAAUACAUAGUUGCCCUAAAAUGGUAUCCUUUGCCGGUGGAGGUGGAGGAUUGCCCGCUCCCAAUCUGACCUUGUUUCGCGUUUCUGAUUGUGAGAAUCUGAAGUCGCUGCCUCAACGAAUGCACACCCUCCUCCCAUCUCUUGAAGAUUUGUAUAUAGAUGACUGUCCAGAAGUUGAAUCAUUUCCAAACGGAGGCUUGCCAUCCAACUUAACUAGACUUUCUAUCAAAAAUUGCGAGAAACUGGUGAAGGGCCGGAUAGGGUGGGGUUUGCAAACACUCCCAUCUUUUCGAUUAUUCAGGAUCCAUGGUGAAUAUGAAGAAGAAGUGUUGGAGACAUUUCCGGAGGAGUGGCUAUUGCCCACCACUCUUACCAAUCUUUACAUCCGGUACCUUCCAAAUCUGAAAUCACUAAACCACAAGGGCCUUCAACACCUCACCUCUCUUAGAAAUCUGGAAAUCUAUGAUUGCCCUAAGCUCCAGUCCUUGCCAGAAGAGGGGCUGCCCAACUCCCUCAUUCGCCUGAGUAUAGACUACUGUCCAUUACUGAAACCACGUUGGUCCAAGAUUUCCCAAAUCCCCCACGUAGUGCUCAAUGACAAAUACUACUUAAACUUAAAGUGACAUUCAUUCAUGCUCGCAUGGAUUCCUCUGCUUUCUAUUCGUGCAGGAAAACAACCCCUCAAUUUCCUUCCACUCAGAUUUUCAAUGGAUUCUCCAAAGAACUUCUAAACCUCCAUUUUUCUCGAAACUGAUGAAAAGAGUGGAGAUACCACCUUAAUUAAUGCAAAAAAAAUUGAUUUCUUUACAGGUUCCCCCCAUAUGCUCGUAUGGUAAAUUGUUUUCUUUUUCUUAUCACCAAAAAAAAAAAAAGCAGAAUUGUUUAAUUAAUUAUAAUCAUAAGUGUCCCAUUUCUCCCCCUUCAUAUUUCAUUUUCUGACAGUUUUUCAUUACAACAAAACAUGACAAAAAUAAUGAAAUGCCUUAUUAACUUCUUUUUCUUUUCAGAUUUUCAAUGGAUUCUCCAAAGAACUUCUAAACCUCCAUUUUUCUUGAAACUUGCAUUUGAUAUUCAGGUGAUGGUUCUGUUUGGUUAGAAUUCUGUUCCUGUUGUCUUGCCUAUUAGAGUUUUCUUUGGUGAAUUGUCCCAAGCUGACUGCUGAAUUACCCAACAACCUCCCUUGUUUAAAGAAACUUACAAUUUCUGGAUGCCAACAACAACUACUAUUGUCUAAUCAAGUUGGGGUGUUGCUGCAGAGCCUGUCUUCUCUUCGGGAGUUAGAGAUUUCAUGGAUGCCAAACUUGAAGAAAUUUCCUUUGGAAUUAAUCAGAUUAUUAAAUCUUGAAAGCUUGGAGAUAAGGGAAUGCCGGUGCCUUGAGUCAGCUCUAGAGAUAUGGUUCCUGUCGAAGCUCAAGACUCUGAAGAUCGAAGGAUGUGAAGCUUUAAUGUUUCCCCUCCUAACAGAGGGUUAAUUACCGCUUUCCAUGUUCUAUUGAAACUUUGUACUUGAAGAGUUGUGAUCUUCUCAAAUCGCUGUCAUUAGGUUCCUUCCCAAAGAUUUGUUCUCUAGAGAUCGAGAGGCGUAUAAAUUUUGAAACGUUUUCAAUUCCAGGCGACAUGGAGCUUCAAAAUAUGACGGAUUUGAACAUCAGUGGUUGCAAGAAUCUAGUAUCAUUGCCCCAACUAACGCACACCCUCCUUCCAUCUCUUGAAAAAUUGAUGAUAAGGAACUGUCCAGAAGUUGAAUCAUUGUCAGAUGGAGGUUGCCAUCAAACUUAAGUACACUUUGGAUCUAUAAUUGCGAGAAACUGAUGAAGGGUCAGAAGAGGUGGGGUUUGCAAUCACUCCCAUCUCGUGUACGUCACCAUCGGUGGUAACUAUGAAGAAGAAGUGUUGGAGUCAUUUCCAGAGGAGGGGAUAUAAAAAGUCCUUUCUUUUUUCCAUUCAUAUAUAUAUUUUUUCCUCACAGUUUUCCUUUACAACCAAACAAGACAAAAAUGAUGAAAUACCUUAUUAACUUCUUUAUCUUUUCCUUUUCAUUUCAGAUUUUCAAUCGAUUCCUCAAAGAACUGCUAAACCUCCAAUUUUCUUGAAACUUGCACUGUUACCAGAGGGAAAUUUUGAUAUUCAGGUUCAGUGGAGAUCAAUGCUGUUUCUAAUAGCUCAGUGCCUAGAUUGUGGAUAUUUAACAAUGAAUGCAUGAAAAUCAGCAGUGGAGAAGAAACUUUUAAUAGUUCAUGUAAUAAAACCACAUAAGAUACAAAGAAUUGGUGCUGGCAUCGUCCCUGCAGUUUUGGAAGUCAACAUUCUUGAUGGAGUUGUUCAAGUAAGACUCAAAAUCUUGUUUUUGGGACUUUAGUUUGAAUUGACCUAGAAAGAUUGAUGACCUUGUCCAGAUGAAAUCUCAACUCUCUCGACAUUGAUGGCUGCAGAGAAACUUCAAUUCUCGGUCAGUUAAAGACCCUUGGAUCUCUUUUUGAUCCUCGUCACGAUUGAAGGCAAAUAAAAUGGAAAAAAAAAGAAAGCAGAAGUAGAAUAAAACAAUCCAUAGAUUUCAAUGGAUUCUCCAAAGAAGUGCUAAACCUAUGAUUUUCUUGAAACUUGCACUGUAACCAGAGGGAAACAUCGAACUCGGGUAAAUCAUAUUUUCAAUCAAAUAACUUAUCAGAAGACAGCCAGAUUCAUGAACUUCUCUCUGUUUCUCUUACAUGAGCCACUCAUGCACACAUAGUAAAUCUAGUUUGCAUGGGUUAUAACUUUUAAUUUAUUUGAUACAAUUCUCAACAAUGUUAUUUGCCGGGGAAAAAAAAUUCUCAGCGCACAAUGUAUAUAUAAUUAUUAUCUCAGUACUUUUACGUAUUAUUAUCUUUUUAUUUUCUAGUUUUUAAAUUUUUUGUGGAUACUUACACUGGAUAUAUGGACACGAGGGGACUAUGAUGUUGGAAAAUUGAUGCAGACUCACAAAAUAGGUGUGUUCCUAUUCAGCUUGGGCUAAGGCAUUGGAGAGACUUUACUGGUCUUUGUAUAGUCAUCAUAUUCUUAGUAAGGAUAUUUGAUCACAAACAUAGCAAUUCCAUAAUAAUAAAGAGUCACUGUAACAUUUUUUGAGACAUACUUCAUUGUCCUUGUGAAAUUGAUUCCGAGGUUUAUGAACUUCUCCCUCAGUUUCGCUUACAUUUAGCCACUCAGGUACAUGUUUAAAUUCUAGUUUGCAUGAUUUAUUAAUUACUUCUAUUUAUUUGAUUGCAGGACCACAUGUUUGGAAAUCUUGGUAUAUUCUGGUAGCACAAUGGUUGUUUAUGUUACUUUCCGAUCUACGUAUUGUAGGUUACUCCAUUAGCUUUGGGUUUUAUUCAGUCAGCAUAACACUACAGCGUGCCGGGAAGGGAACUGGAGCAUGAUUCGUGUGCCUUUUGAGCUCAUAUGAACGUAGGCAAGGUCUGAAGUUGGCCGUUUAAUUCUGCAACGAGAAACGAUGCGUCAAAGCCAUUGCAACAUGGUCACAGAGGAAUCUAGAAGUGUUGGGUUAAAUGCUUUUGCACAUGACAUAUUGAUGUGAGUCGAUGCUGGUGUUGGAAUGCAGAAUCAUAAAACACAGCCUCCUCUAUGGGAUUGCGCCAAGGCAAUGGAGGAAGACGAUGCUUCAUCAUUUUCACCGAGUCCAGUUUUGACCACUUCUGCACUUGGCGCCCGUUUUUGGGUAUUCACAAAGUCUAAUUUCCAACUGUUAGAAUUUCAUAGAGAGUUCACAAGUUCGUUUGAAUUUUUAUCAUCAAAUUGAUGUGUAUAUUUUAGCUAUAGCCAAAGAUGACCGAGAGACAAGUAUUGUAUUAAGAACCAGCUUUUCUGUAAAUGUUUGCUUUUUAUCAGUAAAUUAGGGAUGUUCCUUUAUGAAUAA